AUGGUGGACUACUACGAGGUGCUGGGCGUGCCCCGCCAGGCCUCGUCCGAGGCCAUCAAGAAGGCCUACCGCAAGCUGGCCCUCAAGUGGCACCCGGACAAAAACCCUGAGAACAAGGAGGAGGCGGAGAGGAGGUUCAAACAGGUGGCCCAGGCCUACGAGGUCUUGUCCGACGCCAAGAAAAGGGACGUCUACGACCGCUGUGGCGCGGCGGGAGUGGAGGGCCGCGGCGGCGGCAGGCCCUUCGAACGCCCCUUUGAGGGCGUCUUCAGCUUCCGCGACCCGGCCGAGGUCUUCAGGGAGUUCUUCGGGGGCUGGGACCCGUUUUCCUUUGACUUCUUCCCAGACCCUCUUGAGAACAUUAUGGGGGGUCGGAGGAGCUCCCGAGUGAGCAGAAACAGAGGGUCUGCACCCCUUUUCUCCACCUUCAGUGAAUUUCCAGCAUUCAGAGGUGGUGUGUCUUCUUUUGAUACAGGAUUUACUUCCUUUGCUUCCUUGGGGAAUGGGGGCCUUUCUUCCUUCUCCAUGUCUUGUGGUGGUGGCGGUGGUGGGAGGGGCACCUUUAAGUCCAUGUCGACUUCCACCGAAAUCAUUAAUGGCAAAAAGAUCACCACCAAGCGAAUCAUUGAGAAUGGCCAAGAGAGGGUAGAAGUGGACGAAGACGGAGAGUUAAAGUCCCUGAUAAUAAAUGGCAAAGAGGAGUUGCUGCGAAUUGACCCCAGGUGA